GUUUCUUAUUCGUGACUGCUGCGAGCAAAGUGAUUGUUAUUUGCAGUAUAAAAGGUUUAUUUGCGUAGAAGUGUAGCAUUCAUAUGAUAUUUGUAAUUGCAAGUAAUACUGUGAUUGGUUUUACGAUCGAAGUUGAAUUUGGUAGUAUUAAAAACAUAUUGUGGAGGUUUAUACACAUAUUUACGAGCUUGGUCGGUAAGGAAGGAAAGACGAUAACUAUUGAAAAGUAAAGGAACGUGUUUCGUUUCGGGGCCAGCUAGUAGACUCGUCAACAAGGCUUCCUAGCAGGCCCCUACGUUAGAUACUAGAAUAGAAAAGACCAGAUCGUAUAUUAUUUAACGUAACUGGUGGCAGAACGAUUGUUAGCGAGAAACCGCUUAUGAAUUUCUGGUAGCAGGCAUAGGAUUGUCCAUACCUAUUUAUAGUCAUCGGCACGCGCGACUAUAUGAAAUCGAAAUUGAUCGACAAGGAAGUUUUUCAAUCGUUGUCGUACUCGCGGUAAAGAUAAGGGAGAGAUUCGUAUUUGUUUAAUGGAAAAUAUAUUUUGUUAAAAUUCAUACGAUUUAACAGUACAAUAAAAUAUUUAUAUCUUGUACGUUGUUCGUUCGGCAUUUCUUCUUUCUGGUUGCCUAUAUUCAUCUUUCUAACGUUACGUCUUUAUUUCGAGUGCCGCGCCAUUCCGCGGCCGUCACCAAAAGGUUUCUGUCUGUGGUGUCGCCACAAUAUAAUUACAUAUUUUGCGUAUAAACAGUGUGUGAAGUUAGUCUUAACCUCGUAAAUAACGUUUCGCAUUCGACGUUAUAAUAUAUUAAUUAUCAGCUACGUAAAAUAAUAAAAGUAGUUGAAAAGGAUCCAAAUUGAAGACAAUUACAAUGAGUCCAUUAAAUCGAGGACCUCUGCUAGGGCCAAGAGUUAUACGUACACCCGCUAUUAUACCGCCACCGCCUCCUAGAUUCGGUGGUAGACUUCCACCUCCUGGUUUACCACCAAGAAUGCCACCACCUCCGAUGAAUCCUGUUUUUGGACCAAUAAGACAAAGAUUACCACCACCACCACGACCAGGAGUAAGUCGACCUAGUGGACCUAUGCCACUAUUUGGUCCAAGAGUCAGAGGAAUGGCUCCUAUGGUUCCGCCGAUGGGCUUAAGAGGUGUGGGACCUAGAGGACCAUUAAUGAGGCCUUGGCACAGGAGAGCAUUACCUCCUCAAAUAUUAUCUCAUAUGAGACCAAGAUUUUCUAUUGGCAAUGGCAAUGCAAAAGGCAAAGCACUGAAUAAUGUGAAAAAAGUCAGCAAACUUGAAGAAUUAGAACUAAAGAAGCCAUGGAUGACUGAUGAAAUUCGAAGUGAAAUACAAAAGAAAAAUAAGCUGUAUGCUAAAGCAAAAAAGAAUAAAGAUGCAAAAGAAUGGGAAGAAUUUAAGGAUUUAAGAAAUAAAGUAACAAGGAUGAUCAGAGAUGCUAAAAAUGAUUAUCUUGCAAAACAUCCAGAACAGGGUGGUCAAAAAACAGGUGAUAAGAAUACGAUCGAAUCCGAGGGUGUUCAGAAAACUGAGAAUGCGACUGAGCAAUCAGAGCAAAUGGAGCUAAUGGAGGAGAUCCAGCCUUCCAGCGAACAGGCACAGUCUUAAGCUUCAGGCUACUCCUCCUAUAAACAAUUGAACAGUUGAAAUUACACAAGUAUUCUGUUUUCAAACUUCAGAACGAUUUGAUUCCUUCUUAUUUUAAUAUGCAGUACGUUGAAAAUGCUGCAGUUUAAAUACUUGUAUCAUUUUUAAUUACAAAAUUUGUAUUAUCCGUUCUUUUGUCACUUGUAAAAUAUUAUUUCUUUGCAAUAUAAGUUCAUUCUUAGCAUUUAUAUAUAAGUGCGUAAUAUUAAACUAUCAUGAUACAAUACUUUGAGAAAAUAGAGUUUAAUAUUGCAUAACAAAUAUUUUCUUCUUGUUUCUAAUAAUACUUAUACAAAAACUAAACUGUUUUUUUCUCUUACUUCAUUAGUAUUAUAUGUUUAAAAAUGUAAAAUUUUGUAUAUUUCUUACAUACUUUCGUGUUAGAGGUAUUAAAUAUCUACAACUUUUCUUCAUAAGAUAUGGAAAAAAACUGGCCUUUGUUAAUUGUGUCAUCAUGAAGCUCUUUAAUUGCUCUUUGGCCAGUAUACAGUGCUGCGAGCUAUAAUAUUCCUAAUGGAAAAUUUUGAGAUCAUUAGAAUAUUUUCUGAUAUAUGAAAAGAUUUAGUUAAUAAACUAAAAAUUAAGUGUUUUCUUCAUAGCUUGUGGCUCUGUAUCAAGAUAUAACAAUUUUUGUAAUUGUUCGUUAUUAUGUGUCGUAGUAUUGAGCAUUUUAUUAAUUUCAAUAAUACAUGACUUCCACGAAAUAUAAAUUCAGAACAAAAUAAAUUUGUAAUUAAGGUGCGUAUUGUAAGAAUAAAUCGUAUUUCUAUAAGUUCUAAAUCUGGUGUUCCCCAAUUACUCUAUAAACCACGAAAACAAAUUCUUAUAUACGUUAAUAAUCGUUCUGAAAUAUGAAAAUGACAUUUUUAGAUUUUAUACAUUAAAGUAUUUUCUUCCUAAAAUUUUUAUCAAUGGUACGGGUUUUAUACCAUCAUAUAAAAUAAAAAUAUACUCUAUUUAACUAGCAUCAUAUAAUGAGUCAAUUUAUCAGAUUUACAAUAUUAGAUGUAAUUUUACUUCAAAAUAAUUUAAAAUAAGUCUAAAACUUUUAAUGAAGGAUUGUUUAUAUUUAUAUUUUAGGACUAUAAUAUGUAAAUCUUUUAUAAAUUACAUCAUUUUCUAUGUGCAGCAUACUCAUGGUAACCAUAAAAUAUUUUUUUGUAUAAUUUAUCCCAUAUUAAUCAUUGAUUUAAAAUAUGAACUGAGAUGUGUGUUUGUAAUACAUACUUAUAUAAACUUAAUAAGUGAAUUUCUGAAUACCCUGGAAAAGAUUUUGAAAUAUAAUGUGUAAACAAUAGUUGCAUACAAUAAUUACACACAUAAUUACUAUUUGUAAAUACAAUUUUUAUAUUUGUUUAUUAUUUAAUAUUAACUUUGCUUAAAUAAUUGUGAAAAAAUACUUCUAUAAUUUUGUAAACAUUAAA